UCCGCCUCCGCGGCCGCGACGCCAACAUGGCGGACGAUUUGGACCAGCUGCUGGAGGAAGCGGAGCGGCUGAUCCGCGGGGAGGUGAAGAAAGAGCCGGCUGAGGAGGGCAGAUCAGCUAAACUGUUAAUGAGUGCUGGCAGCAGUGAAGAAGAUAUAGACAGCAUUAUUGAUGAAAUCUGUAAUGACAGCAGCUUUACCAAGACACCUCCGAAAUUGAAGUCUAACUCCACAAGUCUCACACCUAAAAGCAGCAGUAGUGUUGUACAAGCUCAUAGCAAAAGAUGCUGUCCAGUGUACCUGGGUGGAAGCUCUUCACCAUCUGGCAUAGGAACAAAUAUUUCAAAAAGAACAUGUGAUCAACUGCGUUGUACUGCUUGUGACUUCCAUGUGUCACUUUUCAAUGACUACAUCUGGGAUCAGUCCUGUGAUUAUCUUUUUUUCAGGAAUAACAUGCCUGAGUUCAGUAAACUAAGAGUGAAGAUGAUAAAGAAGAAAGGAGCACGAGCGUAUGCUUGUCAGUGCAGCUGGAGAUCUAUUGAUGAAUUAACUGACCUCCAAACAGACCGGCAGCUUCGGUGGGUUUGUGGUAAACAUGCAGAAUGAAAUCCUUUUGUGUGUGGUACCUACUAUUGUAGAAACAGGUCAUAAACUCAGUUUUUCCCACACAGUUUUCUGAGAACAUGGAAGCCUGAGUACUUACAUCUAGAAACAGCUUAUAACACCCAGACUUCAACCUGAAAGCUUUUUUUUCAGUUUAACUGUGUUGCAAGCAAUAUGGGGAGUGAAAUUAUUAGAAUAAACAACCAAAUUUGGAAGCUUUCUGGAAGCUAAAUAAGGUUAAUACUCAGUCGUGUUAAAGAGAGGAAGAGGAAAUGGACAGAUCUAGGCAUGGAGCAAAGCACCUUCAGACUGUUCAUCAUAUCUAGCAGAGAGCCUUGUUUCCCAUGUCUGCAAAAUCUUGGACUCAAAAUGAUGUGUUGGGAUGCAGCCAUGACACACAAGCGUAUGAAUUUCUGUACAGAAAUUAAUACUGCUUUUCUGCUUUGCUCAUAGCUGUUAAUGAGCAAGUGGUUGGAGACCUCUUAAAAAAUUACUGCAAGAUCAACUCUCACCUCGAAGGUUUCAGCACACCCCAAAACUUUACUUUCUUUUACCCACCAGCAGCCAAAAACUGCAGGUGCUGGAAAUUUCCUUCCAGUUCCUACUGCUUUCUUCAAAGCACAUUCUGCUGACUAGAGACUUUAAUCACAGUGAAUUUCUUGGACUUCCCGUCAGCCUUGACUGCAAGAAGUGAACAAGGUAUUGUGCAAUUAUUAAAUAUUGUGCAAUUUUAAAGAGAUUUUGAAGAGUAUAGAACUCUCUAUCAAUAUUUUCAAGGGGAAGAAAGGCUCAAGCUUUUAAGAGUAAGAAAAUAUAUAUCCCCACUGAUGUUCAAAUCUGGAUUUUUUUCAGUUUCACUUAGCUUUCACUUCAGCUUCACUUCAAAAUACUACGUAUUCAGAAAGUGUAACUGUCCUGUUUCAACACACUCCCAAGCCCCAGUAACAUCAUAAAACUACUUCCAGUAUCAUUUUACUUGGUGAAUUGUCUUCAUUAGAGUUAAUGUCACUCUAGUUUAUGAGCUCCUUCUUUUCAUUAUGUGUAACUAACACAGGAGAUGGAUUUGGGGUUUGGGCGGGCAGAGAGGAAGGAAGGGAUUACCAAUCCUGGCAAUUAUUACAUUGAAAAGUGUCUCAAAAUGGGAAAUCUGUCAGUAUUUUUGCUGUGCAGUAUGUGUAUGGAUAAAUUAAAAAUUACUUACUUUGUGCAAUUCUAUACAGCACCAUUUGUUUUUUUUGUGAGGUUUUGCUUAUUGCCCUGCUCCAUACCUUGUCAAUCUGGUCUUUUUCUGAGCUUUGCCAAAACUAUUGCAUAGUCUUUCUUGUAUAGGUCAUCUCUCGAAUCCAUUCCUUUGCCUGUACCCCUCUGAAAGAGCAGAUAGCAGUAGUGAUCGGAGACAUAAUGUGCUCAGCAUCCUGCUCACCUUCCUCCUCCAUGAGUGGUUUUUUAGGACUUGCAGAGGACCAGCAGUGCACCUAUGAGGCCUGACAGCACUUAUAUAUGCAAUGCUUCAGUGCCCGAGGGUGCGUGUUCCAGUCCCACAUGCAGCCUUGCUGGUAGGUUCAGAGGUGAGUUUGCUUUAGAGAAGUACUACUUAGCUGAAUGGUAUAGCCAUGGUUAGGGUCACGUAUUGUUUUCAGUGCAGUUGAUGUUUCAGGCUGAAGUUUUGACUACUAGAGUCUAAAACUGCAGGUUCAGGAGACAGAGAGACCCAGAGACCAGCUGAUUAAUGCUCAGUCAGCUACUGGAAGAGGUCUGCUUGCCUUUCUGUCCUUUGUAAAGAGAUAGUCCCCAUGUGGACUGUACACAGUAGGUGUUCCUGGGUUUUCUUGAGGCGGACCUGAAUGAUUUCCAUUCCCAGAGAACAUCAGUGCUAAUGGCAAGAGAAGAACCCAGCAGUAGUACAUGAUUUAUUAACAAGCUCUAGAGAAGAAUAAACCUACUUUCUGUUCUUCUCAAAGGAGAAGAAUGUGUUUCAAAAAGUGCUGAGUUGCCUUGGCUUGCUUGUUCCAAGGCAACUGAUGACCAGGUAGCCCCACAGGAGGCUCUUUUGGCCUGGUUUUGCACUGGAACUUGUGCCACACUAUAGGGAACAAGUUAGGCUUGCAACGUGCAGGAAACAGGGAAAAUCCUAGCACCCAUCUCAGUUCAUGAGACCACAUCUAAUUUGACUUGGAAAAGGAGCAUAUCUUCUGUACCCUGUUUCAAGAAAAACAACAGAAAUAGUCAACCUCUCUGGAACAGUUUGCACUAGCAAGUGUGGGAAGCAUAACAUGUGGAAGCAAAAGUUCAAGACGUUGUUCUAGUGAUUUUUAUGACGAGAAGGUAGCCUGCAGCACUUUAAAAGUCUAGGAAGGAAUUGAGACAAAAGGACUGAGAGUGUAGGAGAAGUAAAAAGGAUUAACACCAACAUCUAUUGACAACAUGAGUCAGUGUUUGUCUGAGAUCAGCUCAUCCCUCAGUCUUCUGUUAGCCCAGGCAGUCGUAGAGAGUUCUCUUUCUGGAUAGAGAUUGUUGUCAGGCAAUUGUAUUACUAAUGCCAGUAAGACCGCACCCGAGCCCUAAAAAUGUUAGAAGAUAAUCUUAACAGGCAAAUGGAUGUGGAAACCUCUGCAUUACUGUGAAAUCAUCUAGUGUAGUUACUUGGUUUUGCCCUUGGUAAGAAUGGUGGGAUAUGACAGCUCUUUGUCCAAGUGAUAUUUUAACUGUGCAGAAAUAGUGCUUAUUGUAUUGGUUUUCAUUACAGAAGUUAGCAUAUUUCUAGAUUGGAGAAUAUUUACUGUUUCAUGAAAUGUAAUUCUUUUGUUGGAAAGAGAAGUGGUAUUAAGUAUGUGAUUUGCCUUCCUUUGCUUUCGUCAGUUACAUGUUACAAACCAUUCCAAAGUCCUCCAUUGAAGAGAAUUUAAAGAAAGUUGGAGCUUGAAUGUUCUUUUGAUGAAGGCAUUGUAAGAUUGCACAAGGUUUUCAAGCUACAGCCCAGACCCCAAGUCAAACUUCGUGUGUCGGUUAUCUGAGAUAGCAGGGAUUACGCAAAGAAUUUUAAGAAUGAUGUUCAGCUGUUGUCAAACAGAAGUACUGGAGAAUAGUUUUGCUAAAUAUAUUGUCCCUGGUGACUGGAAGAAGGGUAACAAUUCAUUUUUAAAAAGGGUAGAAAAGACUACUUUGUCAGCCUCACCUCUGUGCCCAGGAAGAUCAUGGAACAGAUCCUCCUAGAAGCUAUGCUAAAGCACACGGAGGACAUGGAGGUGAUUAGUGGCAGCCAGCAUGGCUUCAUCAGGGCAAGUCCUGUAUGACCAACUUAGUGGCUUUCUAUGAUGUGGUAACUGCAGCAGCGGACACGGGUAAACUGACGGAUGUGAUCUAUCUAGACUUCUGUAAAGCCUUUGACAUGGUCCCCCACAACAUCUUUCUCUCUAAAUUGGAGAGAUAUGGAUUUGAUGGAUGGACAGUACGCUGGAUGAGAAAUUGGUCGUAAGGUCGUAUUCAAAGAGUAGUAGUCAAUGGCUCAAAGUCGAGAUGGAGAUCCGUGGCGAGUGGUGUCCCUCAGAGGUCUGAACUGGGACCAGUGCUGUUUAAUAUCUUUAUCAAUGAUAUUGACAGCAAGAUUGAGUGCACCCUCAGCAAGUUUGCGGAUGGCGUGAAGCUGAGCGGUGUAGUUGCUGCACUGGAAGGACGGGAUAUCAUCCAGAGGGACCUGGACAGACUGGUGAAGUGGGCCUCUGAGAACCUCAUGAGGUUCAACUGUUCUACGAAAUCACAACAAGGCCAAGUGCAAGGUCCUGCAAAUGUGUCAGGACAAUCUCCGAUUUCAAUACAGGAUGGGGGAUGACAUGAUUGAAAGCAUCCCUGCACAGAAGGACUUGGGAAUGCUGGUUGAUGAGAAGCUCGACAUGAGCCGGCAGAGUGCACUCGCAGCCCAGAAGACCAACCAUAUUCUGGGCUGCAUCAAAAAAAGCAUGGCCAGCAGAUCAUGGGAGGGGAUUCUGCUCCUCUAUUCCUCUGUUGCGAGAGCUCUCCUGGAGUAUUGUGUCUAGUUCUGGAAUCUUCAGUGUAAGAAGGAUAUGGAGCUGUUGGAACGGGUCCAGAGGAGGGCUACAAAGAUGAUCAGAGGGCUGGAGCACCUCCUAUACGAGGACAGGCUGAGAGACUAUUAAUAAAGUCUUGUGGUGAUAGGACGAGGGGGAACAGGGAUAAUCUAGAGUGGGGCAGAUUUAGACUAGACAUUAGGAAUAAUUUCUUCACCAUGAGAGUGGUGAGGCACUGGCACAGGUUGCCCAGGGAAGUUGUGGCUGCCCCAUCCCUGGAGGUGUUCAAGGCCAGGUUGGAUGGGGCCUUGGGCAGCCUGAUCUAGUGGGAUGUCCCUGCCCAUACAGGGGAGUUGGAACUGGAUGAUCCCUUCCAACCCUAACUAGUCUAUGAUUUUAUAAUUCUAUAAACGUGACCGUUGUUUUCCUCCAGGUUUUUUCUUUUUGCUUUGGAAGUAAUAAUACUAUUUCUGUUUGUGAAACAGGCAAGGUGAAAACUUGAGACUUUCAUUUGAGUAUCCCUGGCAAUUUUCUAGCCUGCAGUCUGUAGCAGAUCCCUCAACAAAACAAAAGUAAUGGAGGAUGACAAAAUGAGAAUCUAAACAAAAGCAUUCCCUUGGAAAUGUAAUCAGUGGCUUAAUGUCAUAGCAACUUUUAUAAAUCUAUGUUCGUGCAGUACUUCUGGAUAGGAAUUAUAUACAUAGUAUGAUUUGAGAGCUCUUCUUUAUGAAAUUUUAAUGUGCUGUUCCAAGUAUCUUGCUUAUUUUACCUUCAAACUAUGGAGAGUGCCCAGUCCAGCCACCAAAUAUAGUUCAGAAGUGGAUUUGUAGAAGAUGGCAUAAAAUUUAACUUGCGCAAGUAUAAUACCAUUACAUACUGCAAGCUCUGCACUGUAUAAAGCUGAUUAUAGAUUUUCUGAACACCCAUUUCAGUUUUGUACCAAAGGUAUUCUGCAAAAUGCUAGGCACUGGAAGCUGACACUUGUUGAAAGACUCACUUCUCUUGUUUCCUGACGUGCAUCUUUGGGUCAUGUAACCAGCACAUGUGAACAGUCACACAGUAGGAGAGGGACUGUAUUGGAACCUGCGUAGGCGAAUUUUCCUUCCUGCUGGGCUCUUUUUGCACAAGACCUGAGCAGUUUUAUCUGUUGUGUGACACCCAAUGACCACAGAAAGGCCAGCCUGGAAGAGGAUGGAGUAAAGGAGUAUCAGGUGCUGCACAUUUGUGAGGGCCACUUAGGAUGCCUGGGACUGGGCAUGUGUGCUUUGAGGAAAGUAUUUUUCAAAAGUAGACACUUUAAUAAAGUGAAAAGUUGGAAGAAAUCUGAGUUGUGUGUUGUGUAUAUUCUGUUGUGUUAUUCCUAUCCGAGAGAAGCCUUAUGAAAAUUAUGCAGGACCAUGUUUUCUCUGUCAGAACGGUUAUGAAGUGCCUUUAAUACAAAAACGGUGCCCGGCUCAUAAGAAACAAUACAUACUGUUGUGUGUGUUUUCUCCAUUCUGAAUUUGGACUCCAGGUUUUGGUGCUGUUCAGACAGUCAUUACUUCACUGACUUAGGGCGGACUCAGUAAGAAUACACAGAAAACAACCACUGCAUCAGAAAUGCUCCUGACCUACCUUA